UCUGGGGUGGGGUGGGUGUAACUUUGGUUGCAGGAGGAGGUAGUUGUUAAGGUUUUGUUAAGGCCACAUACUGGUAACAGAAAUAUUACACAAAGACUGUGCCUCAGCUCAUAGCAGCCAGCCAGCAGAGAACUUUCUUCAAAAACCCUGCCAAAAUCUUUAGAAAAGUGUCUUCCCUGUAAUAUAGAAUGAAGACUAGUGGGAUUUGUAUGACUCUGUCCUUCUUAUGCUACUAUUUAUGUGAAUCUCUUCCUCAAUAUAAUAUCCAGCAUCUUAAAGAGGAUGUUGGAUGUGAUGACUUACUGGUAUCCAAAACCUUCAUGGACAAAUGUGGAGUUUGUGGUGGUGACAACUCAGCCUGUGAAGUAAUAACAGGGACUUUCAAACAUUCAAUUCUGUCAGUUGGGUAUCACAAAAUUAUUGAAAUUCCCAAAGGAGCAACAAAAAUCAACAUAACAGAGAUGGUUAAAAGUAGAAAUUACCUUGCAUUGAGAAAUCACCAUGGCGAACCAAUCAUCAAUGGAAACUGGGCCAUUGAUAGACCAGGCAUUUACACUGCAGCAGGAACAACAGUGACAUACAGAAGGCCCAACGAGAUCAGCAGUAAAGUAGGGGAGUCCAUUAUUGCCGAGGGACCAACUAGUGAAGUAUUAUAUGUUUAUGUCAUAUACCAGCAGCCUCGCCCGAGCGUGCAUUAUGAGUAUAUUUUACCGAGGGAUAAUGCGUUCAGCAUACAACCUAUUCCAAAUUCAGACAUUCAACCACUAGGUAAAGCUCUGAGCAGCCAACUAGGAGUCUAUACUGAGACUGGACAAGGCUACAUCUUACCUGAUGCCAAUGGGGAGAACUUUGUAAACGGUGUCCACACAAACCAGUUCCUUCCAGAUCAGGCUGCACCCACUACUGAACCAUAUCAAUUGUACCCCAGGGAAGAAAGAAGGGAAAGACAAACCGUGUACAACUGGAAGCAUGCUGGAAUGACUGAAUGCAGUGCUACUUGUGGGAAAGGCAUUCAGUUGUUGAUUUUCAUCUGUGUGGAAAGAAUCACACAUGAGCAGGUUUCUGAAAACCUCUGUGAUGUAACAAUGAGACCGACACCCGAAGAGGAGACUUGCAACUCUCAGCCCUGUCCUGCUUUCUGGGAUGUUGGGGAAUGGUCUGAAUGCAGUAAGACGUGUGGUUCUGGAAUUCAGCAUCGGCAGGUGCUGUGCAGACAGGCGUCUUCUAACAAAUCAACAACCGUCCACCCUCAUCUCUGCCACCACCUGGAGACGCCAGAGACCACCAGCACCUGUCAGCUGAAAAUCUGCAGCGAGUGGCAGAUCCACACUGACUGGACCUCAUGCUCAGUGCCUUGUGGGGUGGGGCAGAGGACUCGAGAUAUAAAGUGCGUGGACAACCUGGGAGAUGUUGUAGAUGAUGAAGAGUGUAACCUGAAGCUAAAGCCUGAGGACUCCGAGAACUGUGAUGCAGGCCCCUGUGCAAGGAGCUGGUUCUUAGCAGAGUGGAGUGAAAGGUGCUCAGCUGAGUGUGGGAAUGGCACCCAGACCAGAGAUGUUGUUUGCCUCAUGAACCAUAUCAGCAGUUUACCUUUAGAAGGCUGUGGCAACGAGAAACCUAUGGAAAGCAAGCCUUGUAACUUUGGGCCGUGCAAUGAGAAAGUAGAGUGGUUUACAGGACCAUGGGAUCAGUGCUCAACUGAAUGUGGCAAUGGCACUAAAAGCAGGAGUGUGGUCUGCCUCAAAAGUUCGAACAGCAGCUUCAUAGUGGUCGAACCCUCCGAAUGCAGUCAUCUUGAGAAGCCACCUAUAGAAAAUAACUGUUACCUGAAGAGGUGUGGUGCAAAGUGGUUCACCACAGAAUGGAGCACGUGUUCAAAACCAUGUGAAGGUGGCUACAGGGUGCGAGAAGUCCGGUGUCUUGCAGACGACAUGACGCAGAGUGACAGCUGUGACCCAUUCCUGAUGCCAGAAGACAGAGAAGAAUGCAACUUUCAUCAAUGCAUCCCUGAAAUAGAUGAAAACUGCAGAGAUAUGUACUUCAACUGCAAUGUGGUGGUUCAAGCAAGACUUUGUGUUUACUCCUACUAUAAAACAGCAUGCUGUGCCUCUUGUACAAAAGCCAGAAGGAGAGGUGUAAGUCGAAGGAGAUAACUGACAUGAGAGCAUUCAAUAUGUCUUACAAUUUACUGAAGUACAUUCAAGUACAAUCAAGGUUAAUACCAUGAACACAAUGUAUGUGCAUUAAGCUUUUUUGUAACACGACAUAAAUGUUAGUUGGUCCUGCAUAUGAUUUUGCACAAAUUAAAGAAUUGAUUUUAAUAUUAUCUGAAGUGCACAUUUCUUUGAUUUCUAACAUUAAACUGCUGAAAAGCUAUCCUGUAUUACCUACAUACAGUAAAAUGUAAAAUUAAUAUGUGCAUAUUUUAA